UCGGUCUUUAUGUGAUGGCGGAGUUUGGCUGCGCGUUGCGGUUGCGAUGGAGAUGCUGCGGAAGUGGGGCGGCGGGACCAGGACCCGAGUGAAAUCGGAAGUACCAACAUAUCGGGCGUUCGGUCAUUUAAUCUCCACUCAAAUCAACAACUCCAAAUGGUCAAUGGUCUCAAAUUACUGAGUGUCAGCCAAAUAAUGAAAGCAAAUGGCACAAGGUGAUCAAGCAUCCCACGAACUGUGUCUAAUUGAUAGGGCCAUCACCAGCUUGCUGGCUGUCCCUUUAAGUCCAAAGAUUCGAACGUUGAAUGUUCACUGCAAUCAGAUCUCCAGAAUUGAGGGCCUUGGACAUCUAUGGCAGUUGCAGCAUCUUGAUCUUUCCUCCAAUCAGAUUAUUCGUAUUGAAGGAUUGGAGACUCUUGUAGCCUUACGUACACUAAAUCUAUCCUGUAACUUAAUAACCAAAGUAGAAGGACUUAAUGGUCUUAUCAAUUUAACUCGAUUAAAUUUGUCAUACAAUCGCAUUACAGACUUAAGUGGUUUCUCACACCUUCAUGGGAUUGGUCAUAAAUUAAGUCUUGUAGAUCUUCAUAGUAACUGUAUCAGCAACUUAAAACAUUUGUUGCAAUGUAUGGUGGGGCUGUGCUUCUUAACGGAUCUGACUCUAAAAAAAGAUGGAAGAGACAACCCAGUAUGUCAAACAGCAGGAUACAGAGAAGUAAUACUUCAAUCUCUAAAUCAGUUGACCGUAUUAGAUGGAAUAAGGCGAUCUGGUGAGUUUAUUCACGAAAGUCAAGGAGCCCCCUUGGAUAUACCUGGUUUAGAAGACUACAUAGAAUAUUUGGUAUCAUCAGACUCAAGUCUAAACAUGGAAAAGGCCUCGCUUGGGCUCCCUGUGGUCACUCCACAGAUUGACAAGGUGCUUGCAAAUUAUCGCCGUCGUAUUACAGUUUCUGACCCUGCUGCUCUCGUAUCUGCCACAGAAGGUAGUUCUUCACCAGAAACGGAGCAGAGGAGGGCUCAAAGCACUGUUGAAGUACUCAAUGACGUGAGAAUAAAGAACCUGGAAAGACAGAUUUCUCAGCUGCUACAGCAGGUUCCAGCUGCUUCAACGACAGUAAAAGCAAAACGAGACAUUGAUCAUACAUCUGAGAGUGAAAGUGAGAGCUGUAAAGAGAAUUACAGGAAGGGUGCUAGACGAACAAAGCUUCCAAGCCACAGACAAGUAACUGAAUCUUCCAAGCAGCGAAGUGCCAAGCAGAUGAAAAAUAAAAAAUCUGAGAGGGUUGGACAACUUUACAAGCAAAAAUUAAAAUCCUCUGUAAAGCAACCAAAUAGUGAAGAUUUUUCCAGCAAUUCACCAGUGGAAUCUGGUGAACUUCAAAUAGUAGGAAACACACUCAGGAAUGCUUCAGUGCAAAAAUCUCGACAUAAAUUACAAGACCAUAAGGAAACAAAUGUAACUGAGGAGUCCACAUACAGGGUGCUUAUUCAAGAGUUGGAUCAAGAGCGUGAGACAAGAUGGAAGGCAGAGCAAACUGUGAAACAACUAAUGGACCAUAUGAAAACAUUACAAAGCCAGACUAAUGAGAAAAAGAAUUUUCAAGACAUGGCUGUGCAUACUUCAAACAGGCUAAAAGAGUUACUUGUGAAGGAGAAAGAAGCCAAAAGCCACUUACAAGCUUAUGUUGCUGAGUUAAAAAAGAAAGUAAGAACUCUUACAGAGGAGUUAAGAAAGAUGAAGUGUACUGAGGAGGAGCAACAUAAAGUCCUGAAAUCUCUUGAAGAGACACUUUUGAAGACUGAGACACAAAGACUUCAACAACAGACUAUGGAGAUGAAACGAAUUCAAGAAGCGGAACUGAAAGCUUCAGCAGCCCAGAAAGAAGUAGAGUUACUACAGGUCUCCCUCCGUCAACAAAAAGAAAAAGUGCAGCAACUGCAGGAGCUUCUCACUUGCAGAGAGCAAGAGCACAGAAAAGAAGUAAAAUCCAGAGUUACUUUAAAUGGGCCAGAAUUUCAAGAUGCUGUGUCUCGAGAAGUAGCGAAAGUAGAAGAAAGACAUGCUCAGGAAUUGAAAGGAUAUCAAGAAAAAAUUGAUCUAUCUAAGCAACAAUAUAAUACUUUAGAGGAUGAAUUUCGGAUGGCUCUAGCUAUUGAAGCAAAUCGAUUUAAAGAGGUAAAAAGUGGAUUUGAUCAUGUGACUACAGAGCUAGCAAACAAUAACCAGGCACUUGCUCAAUCACAGCAGAAGGAAAAACAAUUGGGGACAUUGGUUCAGGAAUUGACCACAAUGGUGAAAGAGCAGAAAGUAAAGAUAGCAGAGUUGGCAAAAUCCAAACGUGAAACAAUUUUGGAACUAAAGAGCCAGUUCCGAGCAUUUGAACAUACAGCUGAAGAAGAUAAGAGAAAAACAGUUCAGAUUGAGCUACUUAAGCAAGAAAAAUCUAGACUGAUUUCACAACUAACUGCACAGGAGUCUGUGAUUGAUGGACUUCGGGCUGAAAAGAGGAUCUGGGGACAAGAGUUAGCUCAACAAGGGUCGUCUUUGGCACAAGACAGAGGAAGACUGGAGGCAAGGAUUGAAAUGCUGACUUCAGAGGUGGAAUCCCUAAAAAGGCAAAAUGAGCAAGACCUAAAUGCCUUGAAGAUCAAAACAAAGAUUUUGGAUGAUCAAACUGAUACCAUUAGAAAACUUAAAGAAGGUUUACAAGAAAGAGAUGAACAGAUUAGGAAAAUACGUGAGAAAAACCUACAAGAUCAAAGAAGCUUCCAGGAUCAGUUAGAGAAUGAAGCUGCAAUAUCACAAGAUCUGAAGGAUAAAGUUGAGAGGCUUUCAGAGCGGAAAAGUGAACUAAAGCGGCAGCUUGAAGAAAAAGAAGCUGAGCUGGAGGAAAAAAACAGGGCAUUCAGUGCUGUAAACAAGAAGUGGCAGGAUAAGGCAGAGAUACUAACCAUGUUGGAAACACAGGUCAAACACAUGAAAGAAUCCUUUGAUGCCAGAGAAAGGAAACUUGUUGAAGAAAGAGACAAAGCUUUAGAAGCCCAAAAGGCUGUAGCAGAAAAACUUCAUUCCAUGGAUGAUGCAUUCAGGCACCAGCUUGAGGCUAUACAGGUAUCUCACCAGACCCAACUUCUGCAGUUAGCCAAUGAAAAAGAAAAGGAAAUUGAAACAGCAAAACGAAAGAUCUAUCAAGUAGAGGAAGAAAUGCGUCAUCUUCUUCGAGAGACAGCAAAUAGCAAAAAAAACAUGGAAGAAAAGAUACGCAAGCUCACUAGUGCUCUUAAUGAUAUCAAGCAAGAACUGUGAGAUUGUCACAGGCAACUUCCCAAUAUGUUGGAGAUUGCCAAAACAGAAUAUGAGAAGUUGCUCCUCCAAUCUGCCUCUGGCCUCAACAUGGUAUUAGAGGAGGCUGUGGGCAGACAUGUCAGUGUGGCAAGGGGAAGUGGAAUUAAAAUAGCUGACCACCGUGAGAUCCUGCCUCUUUUGAAGGGUGUACCAAAGAUGCUCAUUGAAACAAUCCUCAAUCUGCUUCAGGUCUUACUCAUGUAGCGUUGGCCAUACCAGUUACAAAAUAUGACUUGAUAGAUUCACCUAGAAGUGCUGCCUUAACUGGAAAGGCUGCUAGAGUCCUUUAUGGUGGUGAGGGAGGAAGUGCAGGAGAAGAUGUAACACAGCACAGUUGCAAGGAUAAGUGCUUGAAUCGCGAUUAGUGGGAAGGGAUCUUGUUUAAACAUGUCCAUUUAAACAACAUAUUGUUCAAUUUUGGUGUAAUGAAAUUAAAUCAUCUACUUGAUUACUUGUAAGACAAUGUUUUCCUACAGUAAGAUGCAAAGAUAUAAAGAAAUGAAAGAUUUUGAAUUCCUGGCCAAGAUAAAGAUAAUUGAUUUGGUUUCACCUGCAAAGAAGAAAGUAUUCAGUUGAGGGAGGGGGAAAAAAAUCAAGUGUAAUUCAAUACAUUAGGCUAAGUUGCUAUUUCUAGUAAAGUUGU